CGCUGCGGCGCCACGGUAGGGUUCACAGCUGGGCUGGGGCUAGAGGCUCUGCCGCCCACCUGCCGGCACCUGCCACGCGUGCGUCGUGGUCUUGGGCAGGCUUGGCCCCGUGGGCGUCAGGGUCGUCCAGCCCUCCCCUGAGUCUUUGUUGGAGGCUGGCCGAGGGGUGUAAGCGGCGCUCGGGGUUCUCCUGAGCGAUGAAGGCUGGCCGGGCCUUCCCUCCAACCUGAUCGUUCCUAGCUCUGGGGCUAGGCAGUCUCACCUACAUGGUACGCCCCUCCGCUCCUACUUACGUGCCCACCAGCACGGCGAUGUGGGGGCCGUCUGAGGCCGUCACCUGCUCGUGGAGGAGCUGUUCCGCUCCUGGGCUGAACGACGCUGAGCUGCCAGCCCCCAGCUGCCAGUUUUGAUGGGGACACCCCUUUCCAAAUUGGACAUACUGAAGCUCAGGCGUGAGGAUGCCCUGCUCCCCUGAGAUUUCACAGGGACACACACGGAACAUGUGACUUGGUCUGAGACCGUGGUGAUUACGGAUAGGAUGGACACAGACUCACCACCAAGUUCUGGCAAGCUAGAACCAGAGGGCAUCCCUUGAUGCUUAGUGUGGAAACAGGAGAAGUGAAGGAAUCUUAACUUCCAGAGGACCCCGCUCCUGCAACAUUCCAGAGCCAUCAUUUCUUCAAUACCCUUUGACUCCAUUGUCACCUGGGUUGGAUCCUGACCCUGCAAUCUUGGAGACAGUGAGUCCUGAUUUGUGACCUAUUGAGAAGCGUUGCCUGCCACAGGGCCCACUUACUGGUCCUGCUCCUAGCUGACUAGGCAGGCAGAGAGGUGGCAUGGAACAAGGCUCAGGAGGUCAACCAGGAGACUUGGGGGUGCAGCUACUCUGGGACAUUUGGGGAAGAGACGUCUGGGUAGUGAGUUCUGUAACUCUGUCUAGAGGAAGAUGUGAUCUGACCCCCGAGAAAGCCUUGUGGCCCUCUAGACUGACCUUGUCCAUCUCUCAAAGGGUCCUAGCUUCCAGCUGGAGUUAGUUUACAAGGAAAGCGCCAGGCACUAAGACCCUUGGUGGGCAUGGGCCUUGCAUGAUCUGGGAUCCAGAUUCCAGGCUCCAGGCUUGUUCCCAACCCAGACUCAAAGCCAGGAGAUGAGAAGAGGAUCUGCACACACACAACGCAGAACACUAUCCUAUCAUCAGGGGCACAGGGUCAAGGAUACCAGACCUGGAGACUGGAAGUCUUUUCAGAGAGACUGUCCUCAGAGAGGAGACCAGAAGCAUGAGUUCGGGUCGGCAGGAAAUCCCCCUGUGCAGUGAAGACCAGAGCAACUGAGUUCCAGAUAAAAACUGUCAGACCCGGCCUGUAGGCUGCUCCACUGCCAAUGAACUCCAUGAACCCCAUGAAACCUGCCCUGCCCCCCGCGCCACACGGUGAUGGUUCAUUCGCAUAUGAGUCUGUGCCUUGGCAACAAAGCGCCACUCAGCCGGCUGGAUCGCUGUCCGUGGUCACUACUGUGUGGGGAGUUGGCAACGCGACACAGAGCCAGGUUUUGGGGAACCCCAUGGGCCCUGCAGGGAGUCCCUCUGGCAGCUCCAUGAUGCCUGGUGUGGCAGGGGGCAGCUCCGCCUUGACCUCCCCACAGUGCCUGGGACAGCAGGCGUUUGCUGAAGGCGGCGCCAACAAGGGCUACGUGCAGCAAGGCGUGUACAGCCGCGGGGGCUACCCUGGGGCCCCCGGCUUCACCACCGGGUAUGCAGGCGGCCCCGGGGGCCUGGGCCUCCCCUCACAUGCUGCAAGACCCUCCACUGACUUCACGCAAGCGGCGGCUGCUGCGGCUGUGGCUGCUGCGGCAGCCACUGCCACCGCCACAGCCACAGCCACCGUGGCUGCUCUCCAGGAGAAGCAGAGCCAGGAGCUGAGCCAGUAUGGAGCGAUGGGGGCCGGACAGUCUUUUAACAGCCAGUUUCUGCAGCAUGGAGGUCCCCGGGGGCCUAGUGUCCCCGCUGGCAUGAACCCUACUGGCAUAGGAGGGGUGAUGGGCCCCUCUGGCCUCUCCCCCUUGGCUAUGAACCCCACCCGGGCAGCAGGAAUGACACCCUUGUAUGCAGGGCAGCGUCUGCCCCAACAUGGGUAUCCUGGGCCUCCCCAGGCCCAGCCACUGCCCCGACAGGGGGUCAAGAGAACCUACUCUGAGGUGUAUCCAGGGCAGCAGUAUCUGCAAGGAGGCCAGUACGCACCCAGCACCGCCCAGUUUGCGCCCAGCCCUGGGCAGCCCCCUGCCCCCUCCCCUUCCUACCCUGGGCACAGGCUGCCCCUGCAGCAGGGCAUGACCCAGUCCCUGUCCGUGCCUGGCCCCACGGGACUGCAUUAUAAGCCCACAGAGCAGUUCAACGGGCAGGGCGCCAGCUUCAACGGGGGCAGCGUCAGCUACAGCCAACCUGGCCUGAGUGGGCCUACCCGUUCCAUCCCGGGCUAUCCCAGUUCCCCACUGCCAGGGAACCCCACGCCACCCAUGACCCCAAGCAGCAGCGUCCCUUACAUGUCACCAAACCAAGAGGUCAAGUCUCCCUUCUUGCCUGAUCUCAAGCCCAACCUCAACUCCUUGCACUCAUCGCCCUCUGCUCACAGCAAGUGGCCUCUGCUCCCAGGAAGCGGGCCUUGUGACGAGUUGCGGCUGACCUUCCCUGUGCGCGAUGGGGUGGUCCUGGAGCCCUUCCGCCUGCAGCACAAUCUGGCUGUAAGCAACCACGUCUUCCAGCUGCGAGACUCAGUCUACAAGACCCUGAUAAUGAGGCCUGACCUGGAGCUGCAAUUCAAGUGCUACCACCACGAGGACCGGCAGAUGAACACCAACUGGCCAGCCUCGGUGCAGGUCAGCGUCAAUGCCACGCCGCUCACCAUCGAGCGUGGCGACAACAAGACCUCGCACAAGCCACUCUACCUGAAGCAUGUGUGCCAGCCAGGCCGCAACACCAUCCAGAUCACCGUCACCGCCUGCUGCUGCUCCCACCUCUUCGUGCUGCAGCUAGUGCACCGCCCAUCCGUCCGCUCGGUGCUGCAGGGCCUCCUCAAAAAGCGCCUCCUGCCUGCUGAGCACUGCAUCACCAAGAUAAAGCGGAACUUCAGCAGCGGCACCAUCCCUGGCACCCCUGGGCCCAACGGAGAGGACGGGGUGGAGCAGACAGCUAUCAAAGUGUCCCUGAAGUGCCCCAUCACCUUCCGCAGGAUCCAGCUCCCCGCCCGAGGUCAUGACUGUCGCCACAUACAGUGCUUUGACCUGGAGUCGUACCUGCAGCUCAACUGUGAGCGGGGGACUUGGAGGUGUCCUGUGUGCAACAAGACAGCUUUGCUGGAGGGCCUGGAGGUGGACCAGUACAUGCUGGGCAUCCUGAUUUACAUUCAGAACUCUGACUAUGAGGAGAUCACCAUCGACCCCACGUGCAGCUGGAAGCCAGUGCCCGUGAAGCCUGACAUGCACAUCAAGGAGGAGCCGGAUGGGCCGGCACUGAAGCGCUGCCGCACCGUGAGCCCCGCCCACGUGCUCAUGCCCAGCGUGAUGGAGAUGAUCGCCGCCCUGGGCCCCGGCGCUGCCCCCUUUGCCCCCCUGCAGCCCCCCUCAGUCCCUGCCCCCAGCGACUACCCUGGCCAGGGUUCCAACUUCCUGGGGCCUGGAACUUUCCCUGAGUCCUUCCCACCCACCACGCCCAGCACCCCAACCCUUGCUGAGUUCACCCCGGGGCCACCCCCCAUCUCCUACCAGUCUGACAUUCCCAGCAGCCUCCUGACUUCAGAGAAGUCUACCGCCUGCCUCCCAGGCCAGAUGGCACCAGCAGGUCACCUGGACCCCACUCACAAUCCUGGGACAUCAGGACUACACACCUCCAACCUUGGGGCCCCUCCAGGUCCCCAGCUGCACCAUUCAAACCCUCCCCCAGCGUCCCGGCAGUCCUUGGGCCAAGCGAGCUUAGGACCUACGGGCGAACUGGCCUUCAGUCCUGCCACAGGCGUGAUGGGGCCCCCCAGCAUGUCUGGAGCCGGGGAGGCCCCGGAACCAGCUCUGGACCUGCUCCCGGAACUGACCAACCCUGAUGAGCUACUGUCCUACUUGGGCCCACCCGACCUCCCUACGAACAACAAUGACGACCUGCUUUCUCUGUUUGAGAACAACUGAUCCUGUGUUUACCCCAAGCCCGGCGGGGACACGCUCACAGAUGUCACCACAGCCCUGCCCUUCAUGCCCAGCCCCAUGGGACACCCGGUGGUCUUUCCCAAACCUCCCCCAAAACACACCUGGAGCCAGAGCCUUCUGCCGCCAGCCCUGCCCCUGAAUUGGAAGCAGCCCUGUGCUCGAUAGGAGGGGCUCCCAGGCCGGCAGCCCUCGCCACCUCCCUCUACCAAGCCUGCUGCUGCAGAACGGUUUUUGCUGAGGUGCCCCUGCCCAGCCCUGUCCAGCCUUGUCCACACACCUCACGCCCCUGGUCUCACAGCCUCACACCUUGUCCUUCCACCCCUGCCUGCCCCCACCCAGCCUGCUUCUUGUCCAGCAUUGAUCCUUCUGUUUCAACAACUCCUCCACUGGGCAGAGCUGGGCAUCUGGCAGGGCUGGCUCUGUCCCUUGGGCCUUUGGCUCCAGUGGCCCCUGUGCCCAGCAGUCCAGCUCUUGGAACCUCGCUGAAUGGCAGCCUCUUGGGGGCCUGGAGCUCUGGCAGCCCAGCCGUGUGUGGUGUCAGGUUCCUCUCCCCACCCCAGCUUCAAGCAGAGGCCUCGGGGUGGGGGAGCUACAAAGCACAACAAUGUACAUAGUGUAGAAACACUAACAGCUGGGAGAGGGGAGCCAGCUGUCCAGCCAGCAUGUUCCUGUUGUACAGCCCGGUCUCCCUGUGCGCUCUGCUCCUUCCCAUGUGCAGACAGAUCAGGGAGGAACCUCUAAUGGGUGGGGGACAGUGAGCUUCGGCCUGGCUGAGGUGGGUGGGUGGGCUCUCAGAUUCAGCUCUGUGUAAAGAUUCUCUAGCGGGCUGUGCUCCCAAGUUCCCCUUCUCUGUGAAAGUGAAGAAUUAGUACAGCUGUGUUUUUUAAAGCCACCUCUCUGUCUCCACCCCAUGGGCCCACACCCAGGUGGGGGAGGAGGAAGCCACUGCAUCUGUUGGCUCAGGGCCCCAGCCUGUGCAAGCAGGGCGCCCGGGCUGUUGUGUCUCCUGUCUGUGCCGAUCUCUAUUAAAGGACUCCCUCUUGGUGGGC